AUGGCAACUCAAUACAAGUUCAUUCCAAGCUUCAACUAUGGACCAUGUACAACAAAACCCAUGUCUCCUUUCCCAUUUAACCAAAUUAGUUCUCCUCAAAAGAGCCCACUUUGUCUCAAAUCUAAUUUACUGACACUACCAAGAAGGUCCAGUAGAGGGUUGAUUUCAGCUGUAGUUUCCGAAGAAAGUGCUGUUGAAUCCUAUAGUGGAACAGGUUUCUUCAGACUGACUUAUUUGGAGGGAAAUAGUUGGCUAUGGGAAGUUGGAGGGGUGAAAAUUUUGGUUGAUCCUAUACUAGUGGGGAACUUGGAUUUUGGAAUUCCUUGGCUUUAUGAUGCUGCUAAAAGGUUUCUGAAGAACUUUCAGCUUGACAAUCUUCCUGAAAUUGACUGCUUGUUAAUCACUCAAAGCCUUGAUGAUCACUGCCAUUUGAAGACAUUAAAGCCCCUCUCUCAGAAGUCACCAGGCCUGAGAGUUAUAGCAACUCCUAAUGCUAAACCAUUGUUGGAUCCUCUAUUCAGUAACGUGACAUACUUGGAACCAGGUGAAGGGACAGAAGUCGACGCUGGAAAUGGUUCACCAGUUAAAAUUAAGGCCACUGCAGGGCCAGUUCUUGGUCCUCCUUGGCAGCGUCCUGAGAAUGGCUACUUGGUCACUUCUGCGAAAGGAGAGCUUAGUCUUUACUAUGAACCCCACUGCGUGUAUGACAAAAAUUUUCUGGAAAAGGAACGGGCAGACAUUGUAAUCACACCUGUUAUAAAGCAACUUUUGCCAAAGUUUACUUUAGUUUCUGGGCAAGAGGAUGCUGUUAAACUAGCAAAAGUUCUUAAUGCAAGGUUUAUUGUGCCCAUGAAAAAUGGCGACCUUGAUAGUAAAGGAUUUCUGGCCAGCAUCGUCCAAUCAGAGGGAACAAUAGAAUCGUUUAAGGAACUUUUGUCAAAAGAACUUCCAAAUACAGAAGUAGUUGAACCUACUCCGGGAGUCCCAUUGGAUGUUCCACCUCCUACAAGUCUUCCGUAG